AUGUGGGCUGCGCUGCCGCUGCUGUGCGCUGGGGCCUGGCUGCUGAGUACUGGGGCCACCGCCGAGCUGACCGUGAACGCCAUAGAAAAGUUUCACUUUAAGUCAUGGAUGAAACAGGUCAGUGACCAACUUCUUCUUUUGAAGUUUCUCUUGUCACAAAGCUUCCAAACCCUCUACUUCGCCUCGGCUUUGUUUAGUUUGGUUUCCCUUUUUACUUUUUCAGUGGCGUUGAACCAGUUUUCAGAUAUGAGCUUUGCUGAAAUAAAACACAAAUUCCUUUGGUCAGAGCCUCAGAAUUGCUCAGCCACCAAAAGUAACUACCUCCGAGGUACAGGCCCCUACCCUUCCUCCAUGGACUGGAGGAAGAAAGGAAAUGUUGUUUCGCCAGUGAAAAAUCAGGGGGCCUGUGGCAGUUGCUGGACUUUCUCUACCACGGGGGCCCUAGAGUCGGCUGUGGCUAUUGCCAGUGGGAAAAUGCUGUCUUUGGCUGAGCAGCAGCUGGUGGAUUGUGCCCAGGCCUUCAACAAUCAUGGCUGCAAAGGAGGUCUCCCCAGCCAGGCCUUCGAGUACAUCCUAUACAACAAGGGCAUCAUGGAAGAAGACAGCUACCCUUACAUAGGCAAGGAUAGUCCGUGCAGAUUCAACCCCCAAAAAGCUGUUGCGUUCGUCAAGAAUGUUGUCAACAUCACACUCAAUGAUGAGGCUGCAAUGGUUGAGGCUGUGGCUCUAUACAACCCUGUGAGCUUCGCCUUUGAGGUGACUGAAGAUUUUAUGAUGUAUAAAAGUGGCGUCUACUCCAGCAAAUCCUGUCAUAAAACUCCAGAUAAAGUAAACCAUGCAGUCCUGGCUGUUGGCUAUGGAGAACAGAAUGGAUUACUCUACUGGAUUGUGAAAAACUCUUGGGGCUCCCAGUGGGGGGAGAAUGGGUACUUCCUCAUUGAACGUGGGAAGAACAUGUGUGGCCUGGCUGCUUGUGCCUCCUAUCCCAUUCCUCAGGUAUAAGCCACGGCUGCACNGGCAACUGAUUGGCAGACCAAGGGAGGAACUGGUCCUUCGAUGAGAAUGCCACCCUGGAGAAAAUUGUGCGGAAGUCCACCCAGAGGCCCUCUCACUCCUGAGUCUAGACUCCUAAAGACAGGAAGGACAAACUUGAAUAGCGACAAGCCCACCCACGUGAUAUCAUCACCAGACAUACGCUUGGAUUGUGGUUUUUUAAUGACCCAAACCCACGUGGACCUAGAAUCGUCUCUCUUUCCAGUUCUCUUCAUGUGCUGAGAGAUGUAAUGGCUACCUUUUCUAUGUUGUGUAUUCAAUAAACACACAGUAAAUACCUCCCUGGACAUAGA